AUGCGGUUCUACAUCAGCGAUCUGGUUCUCCAUUAUAGGGGGCAUGAAGUAUCUGCCUUAUCAUUAUACUCAUAUUUGUUGGACUGGUUAAUUUACAUUAGUAUACUUCUAAUAUUUAUGUUGUAUGGAACAGUAAUACCACCGAGAUAUCAUGAGUUUCUGACACAUGAUAUAUCAUUGAUGAACUCAUACAAAGCAGAGGAUGAAACAGUGAUACCAAUUAAUUUGCUUAUAUGGAUCGCAGCCGGUUUUCCAGUAUUUCAAUUUCUUGCCUGUUCAAUAUUUAGUGGUAGGACACUAUCAAAGCCUAGACAAUUAUGGGAUAUAUUCAUAGGGUUGACUUGCCUAUGUGGUGCGAUGGGAACUCAAUUAAUGAUAACAUGUAUUUUGAAGAAUAUCUGUGGCCUCCCGAGGCCCGAUAUGUUAUCGAGGUGCGAGCCCGUUGAAGGAACCGAUGAAGAUGACAUCCACUUAUCUACCGUGGACAUUUGUGCAAAUAUCAAUACUCAUAUACUCAGAGAAGGCUUUAGAUCCUUUCCAAGUGGACACCUGUCAACAGUAUUCUGUGGGAUGGUGGUAUCUAGUUUGAAUAUUGCGGCAAAGCUUCAAGUGCUUGAUCAGAGGGGUAUCUCUUUCAAAAUCCUCAUAGCUAUUAUUCCGAUCAUGGUAGCAUGGAUAGUAUCAUGCUCUCGCAUAAGUGACCAUAGACAUUUUCUCAGAGAUGUCUUAGGUGGGUUUCUUAUCGGAACUAGCGUAGCUAUUUGGUUCUAUACUCAAUAUUUUCCUAGCAUUUUUGAUUUAGAAAAUUGUGGAAGAGCCUACCCACCAAGAAGAAUCGGUAUUGCAAAUUUUUUCAACAAUGUUGGAGGAUUUUGGAAGAUCAAUGAUACCUUAUCAGGUUCAUAUAACGAAAGAAACUUGAAUUCAUCAGACGCAAUUAGAAAGCUUCAACUGCUAGAAGGUGACCUUAAUACUGUAAUCAACUUGAAUAAUAUGGACCAAUUAGCCGAGAUACCUGAGAACAUCACUUUUUUCAAUAAUGUGUCAAAAAAGUUAGGAAGAAAAUAUUACAAUCUAAAGUCACAUACUUCCCCUAUAUUGCCUGUAUAUGACCCACCAUUAAACGACUAA